AUGGCGGCGCAAGCGGCGUUGAUCGCCGAUACCAUCACUGGCAUGAAGCGGGCCUUGCGCAGAGAGCGUGACGACAAUGGCCCGGAUGACCCGAUCAUGGCGCCGACGAACCGGGGGAACAAAAUGCAUGCUAAUGCUAAGUAUGUGAGCGAGGGUGCACUGGGCUACAUCAACGCCGAGGAUUACUACAAGCAGAAAGUCGAUCAUGCUGGUUAUACACGCUACAUUCUUCAGCCCAACCCAGUUCGCUAUGAUUCAGAGGGAGACGAGCUUGAUGAGGAUGAUGAAGAUUCCGAGGCUGAUGCUGCGGCUGCUGAAGAGAACCCGUUCUCUGGGAUUGCGCUUGAGACUCUUCUGUGCCCCCUGAAGCAUCCUUCCGAACUCCCCACCCAUCCUUCUAUGUCCCAAGCAUACACGUCGCAAGCCCUGGAGAAAAUGGCAUUGGCGGUCGAACACAAGCUCCGCCAGGAACGCGCUUUGCUCUGGCGCGCCAGGAGCUUGCAUAGGCAAUUUCUCGGCGAUAGCGGUUGGAUGCCGUGCGGUGCGCUCGAGACGCCUAAUGAUCACUUGAUCUUCGACCCCAGGCUUGCUAGUAAUGACCCGAGCGUAUAUGCCGGUCAGCAAAGUGCAAGUGGGACUGGUACUCCGUCCACCACUAAAGACCUCAAUGGCCCGCAGGACGCGGUACAAAAGGUACCUGUACCAACAGCCGCCCAGGACCCCCAGCUGGCACAGAACGGGACAAAAGCCCAGACGAGUUCAACGCAGAAUGACGUGGAAAUGGCCGACGUCCCAGCAGAGGGCGAACCCAUCAAGAAUGGCCUGCAGCUUAAAUCAGAAGAGACCGAUGCCACCGUCAAAGACCUCCCACCUCACCCUAACACCUCGACUCCCGCCCAGGAGAGCAGCAACAACAACGAUGCAGCCGGGGCGAGCACAAAUCCACCCCCCAAUGGGAAACAAGACAUGGACACAAUGAAAGAUGCCGAUCCCGUCGACACAACCGAACUCAACGACGACACAGAACAAGACCUCGAAAUGCACGACGGCUCCUCACCAGAACCACCACGGCGAAUGACAACGCGCGCACAAGCCAACGCAGUCAACCCAAACGAAAACGAAAACGGCUCCCCACUCUCCGACACAGCAUUCCCACUCCCAACCCCGCACCCCCUCUUCCUCGUCCCGGAAAACAUCCGCCCCGAUCCUAACUUUGGCCUUCCCGCCGCCGAAGCCGAGGAAACCCGCCGCUUGCUCUGGUCAUAUAUCCAGAAGCAGGAAGAGACAGUGCGCGGGGUCGAGCACAUGCUCGAUUCGCUGAAUAGAUCUUGCCGCAUGAAAGCUGAUGUUCUGGAGUGGUGCAAGGCUGAGGGACACGUUGGGGAGAUGAGUGAUGGUGAGGACUGGUAUGACCGUGAGCAGUGGGGGCUUGCCGAGGGGGAGGACUUGAAGAAGGGAACCGAUGAAGAUGAAGUUGAAACUGUUGAUGAGAGUCGGACGCAGGGGAAGAGAGGGAGGGGAAGGCGGCAGUGA